AUGUCUCUAGAGAGUGGGAUUUAUACUAUCAAGUGUAAACUUAAUGACAACCUAGUCGGUCGACAUCUAGUUGAGGAUCGAAGUGGGAACCCAAAACCCGUUUAUGCCCUCGGAGCGGGCAAUGAGCCUCCGCAAUGGGUUGUUGAGAAAUGCGAAGAGGGCUAUAUACUCUCGAAUAAUGGAGGACGCGCCGCUUCCAUCGAUGAUAAACUUUUCGCAAUCUUGAUGGAGGAAGAAUUCGACAGCGCUGAGAAUUGGGUCAUUGAAGCACAACCCCAUCAGGGUGAGAAUCUAUACACUGUGAAGACAAAGAGUCAGUCUAAAGCUUGGUCUCAAACUACGGAAGUCGGCAGCGAGCCCGAUACGUUUAUUAUCGCCGUGGACUACUUCACAGUCAGGGAAAGCCUUCCUGUCCAAUAUCUCCCGCAAAAUCUUUUCGAAUUUGUACCGAUCAGCGAUAUGCAAGAUUGA